CCCGGGCGGCGGGUUCUUCGCCAUGCCGGGGAUGGUGCUGUUCGGCAGGCGCUGGGCCAUCGCUAGCGACGACUUGGUCUUCCCGGGGGUCUUCGAGCUGUUCGUGCGAGUGCUGUGGUGGAUCGGCAUCCUGACGCUGUAUCUCAUGCACAGAGGGAAGCUGGACUGUCCUGGUGGCGUCCUGCUCAGCAGUUACCUGAUCGUGCUCAUCAUUCUGCUGGCAGUUAUCAUAUGCACCGUGUCAGCCAUCGUGUGUGUCAGCAUGAAAGGGACCAUUUGUAAUCCUGGACCACGGAAAUCCAUGUCUAAGCUGCUCUACGUGCGCCUGGCACUCUUUCUGCCAGAGAUGGUCUGGGCGUCCCUGGGGGCCGCCUGGAUAGAGGACGGUGUUCAGUGUGACAGGACGGUGGGGAAUGGCAUCAUUGCGACUGUCGCGGUCAGCUGGAUCAUCAUCGCCUCCACCGUGAUCACCAUUGUCAUCGUCUUUGACCCGCUGGGGGGGAAGAUGGCUCCGUAUCCCCCUGCAGGCCCCCAUCACCUGGAUAGUCAUGAGUCCAGCCAGUUACUUAAUGGCCUUAAGACGGCAGCUACAAGCGUGUGGGAAACGAGAAUCAAGUUCCUGUGCUGCUGCAUCGGCAAAGACGACCGUACUCGAGUUGCUUUUUCGAGUACGGCAGAGCUUUUCUCAACCUACUUUUCAGACACGGACCUGGUGCCCAGCGACAUUGCAGCAGGGCUCGCUCUUCUUCAUCAGCAGCAGGACACCGUCAGGAGCAGCCAGGAGCCUGAUGAGGUGGUCAGCCCUUGCCCAGGGCCCUGCCAGGAAGCUGAUUUGGAUGCAGAAUUAGAAAACUGCCAUCACUAUAUGCAGUUUGCAGCAGCUGCCUAUGGGUGGCCUCUCUAUAUUUACAGAAACCCUUUUACAGGGCUGUGCAGGAUUGGUGGUGACUGUUGCAGAAGCCAGACAACCGAUUAUGACUUGGUUGGAGGUGAUCAGCUCAACUGUCACUUUGGCUCCAUCCUGCAGACGACGGGGCUGCAGUACCGGGAUUUCAUUCACGUCAGCUUUCACGACAAGGUGUACGAGCUCCCCUUCUUAGUGGCCCUGGACCACAGGAAGGAGUCAGUGGUGGUGGCUGUGAGGGGAACCAUGUCUCUCCAGGACAUCCUUACGGACCUGUCAGCGGAGAGCGAGCCGCUCGACCUCGAGUGUGAGGUGCAGGACUGCUGGGCACACAAGGGGAUUUCUCAAGCUGCCAGAUACAUUUACCGACGACUCAUCGACGACGGGAUUUUGAGCCAGGCGUUCAGCAUUGCACCUGAAUACCAGCUGGUCAUCGUGGGGCACAGCCUGGGGGCAGGCGCCGCGGCCCUGUUGACCAUCAUGCUCAGAAACCCAUAUCCACGAGUCAGGUGUUAUGCCUUUUCCCCACCCAGGGGGCUGCUGAGCAAAUCCCUUUAUGAAUACUCUAAGACCUUCAUCGUGUCACUUGUUCUGGGCAAGGAUGUGAUUCCCAGGUUAAGUGUGACCAACUUGGAAGACUUGAAGAGGAGAAUCUUGCGAGUGAUUGCUCACUGCAACAAGCCCAAGUACAAGAUCCUGCUGCACGGGUGCUGGUACGAGCUGUUUGGAGGGCACCCCGAGGACCUGCCGACGGAGCUGGAUGGGGGCGACCUGACGCAGCCUCUCCUCGGGGAGCGGAGCCUGCUGGUGCAUGGGUCCCCAGCCUACAGCUUCUCCAGUGACUCCCCGUUUGAGUCCCCCACCAAGUACCCCCCUCUCUACCCUCCCGGCAGGAUCAUCCACCUGGAGGAAGCGGGCACUUCAGGGAGGUUUUCCUGCUAUCCUGCUGCUCGGUAUAGCGUGAAAUGGUCACACGAAUCGGAAUUCAGCAAAAUACUCAUCGGCCCAAAGAUGCUAACAGACCACAUGCCCGACAUCCUGAUGAGAGCCCUGGACAGCGUGGUGUCCGACAGGGCCGCCUGUGUUUCCUGUCCGACCCAGGGAGGCUCCAGUGUGGACGUGGCGUAA